AUGAAUACUCUCAUCGUUGGGGGAACUGGCCUCAUUGGCGGCCAUGCUGCUCUACAUCUACGUUCCCUUGGCCAUACUGUCACCAUCUCAGGCCGUACGCAGCCGCAGGCACCAUCGCCUCUGGCCGACUUUUCCUUUAUCCAGGGCAACUACCUAAACGCCGACAUCACCAUGGAUCAGCUGUCCGCCUUUGAUACGGUCAUAUUCACAGCCGGCGCUGAUGCUCGACACAUUCCCGCGGCCGAAAAGGACCGCGACGCCUUCUUUCUCCGCGCCAACGGCGAGGCCGUGCCUGCCUUCGCCGCGCUGGCGCGAGACGCCGGCGUCGCGCAAUUCGUCCACGUUGGCAGCUACUACUGGCACGCGGAGCCCUCGCUCGUCGACACCAACACGUACAUGCGGUCGCGCAAGCUCGAGUCCGAGGGCAUCGUCGCGCUGGCCCGACCGGGCUUCGCGGCGACGAGUCUGUGCCCCCCGUUUCUUGUGGGCGACAUCUCGCCGACUGUCGCGUCGCCGUUUGCGGCCGAGCUCGUCCAGUACUUUCAGGGCAAGCUCGGCUUCGCGGAGUCGGCGCCACCAGGCGGCGUGGCUUUCUUGACGCUCAGGUCGCUCUCGCAGGCGAUUGCCGGCGCCCUUGCGAAUCGCGAGGCUGUCUCGGGCAAGGUGCUGGCCAUUGGCGACGAGAACCUGACGUGGGCGCAGUUUUUCAACUACUUUCGUCGAGCGCUCGGCUUAAGUGAGGUGGAGCUUCCACUGGUUGACGACCAUCCGCUGGUAUCCAAAGGGGCUCGCAUGGCUGGUGAUAAGAAUGUCUUUCUGGAGACCACGCCAGAGGCGCAGGCACUACUUGGAAACUAUGCUCGCAAUGACAUUUAUAAUGCAGUUAAGAAACUGGUAGCUAAUCGAAACUAA